AUGAUGGAAAGAAUAAGAAAAGAGAUGAUCCUGAUGGAAAGAGGGCUGCACAGCCCGACGGCUGGCAAAAGGCUGGCGAAUUUGUCAGACUCAGCUGGAAACGCGGUGCUGGAGGCCCUGGAAAACUCGCCACACAGCGGCCGCCUCAGCCCCAGACUAACUUCCGCUUCUCUGCACAGCGCGAUCGGAGACAUCCCCGCCAAAGGCAAAUUCGAAAUAGACACUUUAUUCAACCUUCAGCACCAGAACAGUGAAAGUGGCAUCGCCUCGGACCUGCCUACCUCCGAAAGCAGGAAGAAGAUUAGCCAUUACUCAGAAGUUGCUCAAGAGGCAGAUAUGAACAGUGAUGUGGAGGUGGGAUGCUCUGCGCUCCGCUCUCCUGCCAGCCUGACUUCCUCCCAGCUGAAGGAAAACAAUAACAAAGGAUAUUCGGAAAGCAGUUCAACCCCCAGCACCACCACCUCGUCCUCAGGAUCCAGUUUGAGCAGCCUACAUAGUGGGAAUGCCUUGGGGAGCUCUAGCUCCGGAGCCGACCAGGUGAGGAGGUACCGCACCGCCUUCACCCGGGAGCAGAUCGCCAGGCUGGAGAAGGAGUUCUACCGCGAGAACUAUGUCUCUCGGCCCAGAAGGUGCGAGCUGGCCGCGGCGCUCAACCUCCCGGAGACCACCAUCAAGGUGUGGUUCCAGAACCGACGGAUGAAGGACAAGCGGCAGAGGCUGGCCAUGUCGUGGCCCCACCCAGCGGACCCCAGCUUCUACACCUACAUGAUGACCCACGCCGCCGCCACGGGGAGCCUGCCCUACCCCUUCCACUCCCACGUGCCUCUGCACUACUACCCACACGUCGGGGUGACGGCGGCAGCGGCUGCCGCUGCGGCGUCCGGAGCAGCGGCCUCGCCUUUCGCCACCUCCAUCCGCCCGCUGGACACCUUCCGCGCCCUCUCGCACCCGUACUCCCGCCCCGAGCUGCUGUGCAGCUUCAGGCACCCGGGCCUCUACCAGUCGCCUGCGGCUGCAGCUGCCGCGGGGCUCAACAGCAGCGCCGCGGCUUCUGCGGCAGCCGCUGCGGCCGCGGCCGCGGCAGCCGCGGCUUCCUCAGCUCCGCCCACCGGCUCCGCCCCCUGCUCCUGCCUCAGCUGUCACAGCAGCCAAUCGGCGGCGGCGGCCGCAGCAGCUCUGGGCUCUCGCGCCUCUGGCUCGGAUUUCACCUGCACCGCAGCGGGAGCGGCAGCCGCCACGCAGCGCUCGGAAAGCGGCUUCCUGCCUUACUCGGCCGCCGUGCUCAGCAAGACCGCGGUCUCCUCCCCAGACCAGCGGGAGGAGGCGCCCUUGACCAGAUAA